AUUUUUGACAUUAUUGUUGACGUGGCAUCAGUCAGUGUGUGCAACCGAUAGUUGUACAUCAAUGUCAUACAGAAAAUAAUAGUACGUUCAAUUGGCCUUGUUCUGUUUUCCGCUCAAGUGAUAUAAUUUUUCAAUUCGUGAACAAAUUUGGAAGUGUUUCAACGGGAAAUAAACUUAAAAUCAAAUAUUUCUUUCCAUAUUUUAUCUAAGCCAUCGAAAUUUGUGAAAACUCGAAACCUUGAAAAUGGACUCCAUCUUCGAGCGCUACCAAAAGGGAACAUCGUUCACGAAUUGGUCCGAGCGGUUGGGUUACUUUUUCAAUGCAGUCAAAAUAACUGAUGCCGAGAUGAAGAAAGCAUAUCUCAUAACGCUGCUGGAUGCUGCAAUGUUCAGUGAGUUGAAGCUGUUGGUCUCUAAUCGAGACUUGGAGCUGGUUCCGUACGAUGAAAUAGUUCAACGACUUCGAGAUCGUUACGAUCGCAAAGAAUGCGACUUCAUCCUGCGGUAUAAAUUUAACAACCGCGUACAACAGUCAAAGGAAACAGUGCAGGAUUUCAUCCAUGCCGUUAAACUGCAGUCCGAAGUUUGCGGUUUCGGAAACUUUAAGGAGACGGCGAUCGUCGAUCGUGUCGUAUUUGGGAUUCGGGAUAAGGUUCUGCAACGGCGACUCCUCUGUGAAGAUGAUCUCACGCUCAAAUCGAUGGAAAAGAUCAUAGCCACGUGGGAACUGACGGUAAUGGACCAAAGCGAAAAACGACCCGUCAAAGAGAGACUUGGAGUAGUGCCGCGCAGCUCUGCUGUAGGAACAUAUUAUGAGGACAUCGGCGGAGAAAACAAUCUUCAUAGUCGCGCAAAUAAAUAUUCAGGUUCGAUCUGUGGGUUUUGUGGCAAGCGGGGGCACGUCACGCGACGGUGCUUCGAGCUAAAAGCUGCACAGGAGAAAGACAUGAUGGAUGUAGACGCUGGUUCGAGGGCGCCCGUCAAGAUGACCACAGACAAUGACGACGAUGAUUACAAUUGGAAACGAUCAAAGAUAAUUUACUGAGAUCAUUUUUUUUUAUUAUGACCGACUAUUGUUAAAUUAGUGAUAGAUGUUGUACAUUUUUGUUCUUUUUAAUUUGCGCUGUAUGUUCUGUGAAUUCGAUUGGGUAAAUAAACGUUUUUGUAUCUGAUGA